CCUCUUUGCGCUAGACUUAAAAACGCCACUGUAUAUGCAAAUAUAUAAAAAUAAAACGGUAAUUUAUUGAUAGUAGUAUAUUUUACAUAUCAACAACAAACGUGAAAAAACGCCUUUUCCUAACAUUGUGGGGCCCCUUGUCUCCAUAUAGAUGAUUAAUUGUAAGUGUUAUUUGGCAUGACAAGUGAAGAGAGAAAGAGAAAAGAGAGAGAGAGAGAGGGGGACUGGCGGGAGGAAGAGAGAAAGAGGAAGAGAGAGUGAGAAACCACACAACUAUUGUCGACGAUCCCUACGAGUUAGGAACGCACGGUGUGCAACGCGCACUGCAGACAGGCACUUUACCUCCACAAAUCACCAAAGGAAUUAUAAACACUUCAUCUCUAAAAUAACCAGAUCCACCAAACCCUGCAUUCUGCAUCAUUGGCCACAAUUAGCAUCCGGAAGACAUUCGUUUUCAAUGUCAAAGUAAAGGAGCAUCGCAGAUGGUGAAGAUGGUGAACAAAUGAAUCAAACAACCGGCGCGGCUUGAAGUGAGCUCGGCUGUCGAUGAGUUUCCUGCAUCAUGCCGCCGGGGGUCUACGGCAUGCAGGAUGUGUGGGACAGAGAGGGUCCACAACAGAUCAACAUGGAGUUCCUCCUCCCCACGGGGAUCUACCUCAACUUUACCGUAGCUCGUAGUGACACCAUCAGUACCAUCAAGAAGAUGUUGUGGAAAAAUGCCAAGGAGGAGCCGCUUUUCAGUGCGCUUGGUGACCCUGAUGCCUACGUCUUCACUUGCAUCAAUAUGACCGCUGAGCGGGAGGAGCUGGAAGACGAGCGGCGUCGACUGUGUGACGUCCAACCCUUUAUGCUAUUUCUUUGUCUGGUGGCACGAGAAGGGGACCGAGUUGAGAAGCUCAUCACAACCCAGAUCAGCUCGCUCAUAGGAAAAGGUCAUCAUGAAUUUGACUCUCAGAAGAACCACGAAGUAAACGAAUUCCGAACAAAAAUGCGGGCGUUUUGUGAAGACCGCGCUCAGGUGCGUCAGAUGUUGCCAUGGUAUCAGUGGAUGGAGUACAACUUCCCUUGUGACUUGGAGCCGUGCGGUACAGUGACACAGUCUGGGAAAUCACGCAGUGCUAAAAAGAUUUUUGUCAAUGUGAAGUUCGAAGGCAGCGAUGAGACAUUCGUUCUCCAGCAAGAUCCUCAGGACCUACCCAUGUUUCUAAAGCGGAACGCCUUGAGAAAAAAGUCCACCGUGUUUCGGUCGGUAAAGCAGGACAAGCCGGAGGAUUACGCCCUGCAGGUUAACGGAAGAUCGGAAUUCAUUUAUGGAAAUUAUCCACUGUGCCAGUUCAAAUAUAUUUUUACUUGUUUGCGCGGAGGUGUCACUCCACAUCUGACUAUGGUCCAUCAUUCGUCCAUCGUCAAAUACCAGGAGGAACAGGGCGGUCUCAGUAAUCAGGUGUCCAGAAGCCGGGCUCAGUCCAAACCUCCCCCUCUGCCUCUGAAAAGGCAAAACACAUCAUCGCUGUGGUCGAUCCAGGAGCCGUUCCACAUACACCUUUUACAGGGCAGUCGAGUCAAUGCAGAUGAGGGUAUGAAGCUGGUGGUUCAGGCCGGCCUUUUUCACGGCAGUGAGCUCCUUUGCAAAGUGGUGAUCAGCAAUGAGGUCUCCGUUUGUUCGGACCCAGUAUGGGACCAGAAGCUGGUGUUCGACAUCAGUGUUAGUGACCUGCCUCGCAUGAGCCGCCUCUGUUUCGCCCUCUACGGCGUCAUCGAAAAGACCAAGAAGCGCCCUACCAAGAAGAAGAACAAACGUGCGGACUGCCCUUUGGCCUGGGUGAACACGAUGGUGUUUGACUAUAAGGACCAGCUGAAGACUGGGGAAUUUUCCUUGUCCACUUGGCCCUCUGUUCCAGAUGAUAAGGGUGAUCUGUUGAAUCCUAUGGGUACUGUGGAGAAAAAUCCAAACAUUGACAGCGCUGCUGGUCUCCUGGUUCGCUUUCCCAAUAUUAGACCACACCCACUGUAUUAUCCACCAAUUGAAAAGCUAAACGAACUUAGUCUUAACGGUGACAAAGUUGUUGCUACAAAAGAAGAGCAACAGAAACUGAAAGAGAUAGUGGACAAUAAAAACUACACAGAGUUUUUUGAGGACGAAAAAGAGCUUUUGUGGAAGUUACGAGCAGAAGUGAGGCAGCGCUACCCAGAAAGCCUUUCCAAACUUCUGCUCAUCACUAAGUGGAAUAAACACGAAGAUGUGGCUCAGAUGGUUUGUUUGUUACGGAAAUGGCCAGAACUUCCUGCUCUGCACGCUCUCGAACUUCUGGACUACAGUUUUCCUGACCCUCACGUGCGUUCCUUCACCAUCCGUUGCCUCAGGAAGUUGCGCGAUGAAGAGCUCUUUCAAUACCUCUUGCAAGUGGUGCAGGUUUUGAAGUAUGAAUCUUACCUCGAUUGUGACUUGACCAGUUUCUUGCUGGAAAGAGCUCUGGCCAGCAAGAAAAUAGGUCACUUCUUAUUUUGGCACCUCAGGUCAGAAAUGCACGUACCCUCUGUCAGCUUGAGAUUUGGACUUAUUCUGGAGGCUUACUGCCGUGGAAGCAUCUACCACAUUAAGAGCUUGAUGAAGCAGAAUGAGGCUCUGAAUAAGAUGAAGGCUUUGAAUGACUUUGUAAAGUCAGGAAGUCAAAAGGCAACCAGGAUACAGACUACAGAAGACAUGAAAGUUUGCAUUAAACAGGACACUUACAUGGAAGCCCUCUCUGAUGUCGUGUCGCCACUUAACCCGAGCAUCGUGCUGUGUGAAAUCUGUGCAGACAAAUGCAAGUUCAUGGAUUCCAAGAUGAAACCACUGUGGCUGAUGUACAAAAACAAAUAUGACACCGUGGGACUUAUUUUUAAAAAUGGAGAUGAUCUGAGACAGGACAUGUUAACCCUUCAGAUGAUUCAGUUAAUGGACGUUCUGUGGAAAACAGAAGGACUUGACCUCAGGAUGCUUCCGUACGGAUGCCUGUCCACUGGGAAUAAGACGGGUCUCAUAGAGGUGGUGAAGAACUCGGACACCAUCGCCAACAUCCAGAGGAACAACAGCAACAGCGCGGCGACCGCUGCUUUUAACAAGGACGCUCUUCUUAACUGGCUGAAGUCCAAAAACCCCGGGGAUAAACUGGAUCAGGCAAUUGAGGAAUUUACGCUUUCCUGUGCAGGCUACUGUGUAGCCACGUAUGUUCUGGGAAUAGGAGAUCGGCAUAGUGACAAUAUUAUGAUCAGGGAAACGGGUCAGUUGUUCCAUAUAGACUUUGGGCACUUUUUGGGGAACUUCAAGAGCAAAUUUGGGAUCAACAGGGAACGUGUCCCUUUUAUCCUGACGUACGACUUUGUCCAUGUCAUUCAGGAGGGGCGGACCAACAACAGUGAGAAAUUUGAACGGUUUCGGGACUGUUGCGAACAGGCUUAUAAGAUCCUUUGUCGGAAUGGGACUCUUUUUGUGAAUCUCUUUGCCUUAAUGAAAGCUGCCGGUCUCCCUGAACUCAGUUCUUCCAAAGACAUCCAGUAUCUAAAGGACUCUUUGGCCCUGGGAAAGUCUGAAGACGAAGCACUGAAGAAUUUUAAAGUCAAAUUUAAUGAAGCUCUUCGAGAGAGCUGGAAGACCAAGGUGAACUGGAUGAUGCACACUUUUGCCAAAGAUAACAGAUAGACGGCACUUGUUGACGAACUGCAAAGGGAGACCCACCAAAAUCCUCUUGCUCAGCGUUGAUUUAAAGUAAUGCAGCUUUGAACAGAAUCUAUGUUGCACUGGUGUACGUUAUUCAUUGUAUUAUAGGUGACAGCUGUUUAUAAAAUGUUUACAACUGCGAUUUAAUAGGGAAUAAACAAAGUACUGAGAUGUACUGCUUACACACGAGUGUAGUUUCAGAUAUAUGUUGUAUAUGCGACACAAUGCACUGAAAAUUCAAGCUACUAAUUUAACAAACGGUUGGCGUGCCACUAAUUUAACUAGCAUCACUGGUUUGUUUGUGUAAUACAGUACAUGCACAGAGAAAAGCUCAGAGCAAUUGAGAUUAAUGUAUUUAUCGUUUUUAACUGUACAACAUAAAUUACAAAUAGCUGGACAAGAAGGCACAUAACUGUGUGUUCGUAUCGUUUACAUUUUGUUUUGCCAUUUUUGUUUAUCGGUUUACAUGAACGUGUUUGUUUGUAAAUAUUGUUUUAUGUAACGUCUUAUAUUUACAUUCCAGUAUUUCCAAUUGUUUCAAAUGAUUUGUACGAUAGGUAAAUUGUUUAUCGGGAAAGCCUUUGUAUAGUGGUGUAUAUGACAUUUUUAUGUCAGUGUAGAAAUGAGCCUUAAAUAUUUUGUAUUUGUGAGUUUUCUGUGCCUUUGGGAUUUGACACACACAAGCCAUCUUGAAGACGUGUCCAAAGAGUUUGCUUCUGUUUGCUGAAAUGAAUUUAAAGGGUGUAAGUCUUGUACUAUUGUGUUAUAAAUCAGGGCGGUGUGAGAAACAGUAUUAUUGCUUUGUAGAAAAUUGAGCCUGUUAAUUGUGUGCUUAUUUUGAGCAAGUCUUGAAUAGUUUUCUUCUGGUUAUACCUUAACAGUUCCAGAAUGUAUUAACACGGUAUUCACUGCUACCUGACUCAUGAACAUAUAUCUGCUUUUAUCAAAAGAGGAGUAAACAUUGUUUAUUUUGAAUGUUCAGAUGUCCGAAUGUACAUUUUUAAAGAAGGGAUUUAAAUGCUAAUUCAAAUUGAUCUAAUCUUUAUAAAAAACCUAUUGCUAUAGAUUACCCAUUGCAUAUCAUUUUAAUAAUCUAAGGCACCUUAGUGCAAUGAAGAACAGUUGUCACACAAUGAAGGGAUUUUUGUAUUUGGAUUAUUCUCUACUGGACUACUAACCGGGUAACUCUCAUUGUUUCUUGGACAUAAGUUGUGUGCCACCAUGAUUUUAAGCCAUUUCACACCGUGAAACUUCUGGAUUAUGAUGUUUGUUUGUUUUUAAAUGUGUUGUUUUCAUUUUUAAACUGCAACUGCUGUAAGAUGUGUUUUGAGGUUUGAAGUGUGCUUUCCAUUUCUGUUUUGUCAUAAAUUAUUGAUUCUGAA